AUGUCAGCCGCAGGUAUGAAGGUCGUCGUUUCGCGCAAUCUGGGGCCAGAGGCCAUGCCGAUAUUGCUCGACAACUCGGCGCUUGAGGUGGUCUUGUGGCCGCACAACUCGAUCUGCGAGCGGAAGUGGCUGCUGGACAACGCUCCGGGCGCCGUUGCGAUCCUUGUCAUGCUCACAGACAAGGUGGACGCAGAGCUCUGUGACGCCGCGGGGCCGUCUUUGUGUCUUGUGUCUACCAUGUCGGUCGGAUACGAACACGUCGACGUGAAUGAGCUCUCAAAACGCGGUAUCCGCCUCGGAUACACUCCAGACGUUCUCACCGACGCAGUCGCAGACCUUUCCGUUAUGCUCGCGCUCAUGGCAGGGCGCAACGUCAAAGAGACGGCACAAAUCUGGCCAAAGUACGAAUGGGCUCCCUUCGGCUUCUGCGGCCGCCAGCUAAGCCCGAGCGCCGUCUCCCCCACCCGCACCGCCGGCUUCCUCGGCUUCGGGCGCAUCGCGCACGCCACGCUCGCCCGCAUCGUCCCCUUCGGCUUCCAGCGCGCGCUCUACGCUGCGAACCCCGCCACCCCGCCCGACGCGGCCCAAGACGCGGCGCACGCGGCGCGCUUCGGCGUGCGCGAGGUCCGCCGCGUGCCCCUGCCCGAGCUCGCGCGCGAGAGUGACGUCGUGUUCGUGCUCGCGCCGGGCGGCGCGGCGACGCACCACGUCGUCGGCGAGGCGUUCCUGCGGGAGAUGAAGCGGACGGCGGUGCUCGUGAACACGGCGCGGGGGACGCUCGUGGACUCGGACGCGCUCGCGAGGGCGCUGGGCGAGGGGUGGCUGUACGGCGCGGGGCUGGACGUCGUCGAGGGCGAGCCGAAGGUCGCGGCGGACCACCCGCUCGUGGCGGCGCCGCGGUGCGUCGUCGUGCCGCACAUCGGGAGCGCGACGACGGAGACGCGGAUCGGGAUGGCGACGAUGGCGGCGACGAACCUCGUCAACGGGCUCACGGGGAAGGAGAUGCCUGCGGAGUUCAAGAUGUCGCGGUGA